CAACCUCUCUAGCUCAAGUAAUAAAAAUGCUGAGAACACGGUUGGAUUUGUUUGGGAUACUGGCUUGUGGGCUGGUUAUUCUGGUGCAGAAAUCCUGGGCAUGUGAAUCCUCUACGUCGGUCACUGCCACGAAGGACUGGUGGGAGAAUGCCCAGUUCUAUCAGAUCUACCCCCGCUCCUUCAUGGACUCCGAUGGCGAUGGAAUCGGCGACUUGAAUGGCAUCACCAGCAAACUGGAGUACCUCAAGGAUCUGGGGGUCACGGCAGCCUGGCUGUCGCCCAUCUUUACCUCCCCCAUGGUGGACUUCGGCUACGACAUAUCCGACUUCUUCGACAUUCAGCCGGAGUAUGGAACUCUCGACGACUUCAGGGCCCUGAUCAAGCGAGCCAACGAAUUGGACCUGAAGAUCAUCCUGGACUUUGUGCCUAACCAUUCGAGCGACGAGAACUCUUGGUUCGUUAAGUCGGUGAAUCGCGAGAAGGGCUACGAGGACUACUACGUGUGGCACGACGGGAAGGUGAAUGCCACCACUGGGGCGAGGGAACCGCCGUCCAACUGGCUCCAAGCCUUCCGCGGAAGUGCCUGGGAGUGGAACACGGUGCGCCAACAGUACUAUCUCCACCAGUUCGCUGUGCAACAGGCCGAUCUCAACUACCGCAAUCCCUUGGUCGUGGAGCAGAUGAAGCGGGUGCUUCGGUACUGGUUGGACCUUGGAGUCGCUGGAUUCCGUUGCGACGCCGUGCCCGUGCUCUUCGAGAUCGAGCCGGAUGCAGAUGGCCAGUAUGCCGAUGAGGAGGUCAGUGGGCUGACGGAGGACACGGAGGACCGCAAGUACCUGAAGAGCGACUUGAUCGAGAACAGGCAGGAGACCAUUGACAUGGCUUACCAGUGGCGCGUGGUGAUGGAUGACUACCAACGCAUCCACGGUGGCGAUACGAGGGUUCUCCUGAUAGAGACAUAUGCCCCGCCCGCCUACACAAUGCAGUUUUACGGAAACGGAUCGGUGGCCGGCGCCCACCUGCCCUUCAACUUUAACCUGAUCACGGUUGUGGCCAGCGAUGGCUUCUCGGCCGCAUCCAUCAAGGCGGCGGUGGACAACUGGCUGGACAACCUGCCUGCCGGACGCACGGCCAAUUGGGUGAUAGGAAAUCACGACCAGCGACGGGCGGCCAGUCGAUAUGGAGCGGCCAAUGCGGAUGCCAUGAACAUGCUGGUGAUGGUUCUCCCGGGAGCUAGUGUCACCUACCAGGGCGAGGAGUUGGCCAUGACCGAUGGCGAGAUCAGUUGGGAGGACACCCAGGACCCGGCGGCCUGCAACUCCAACUCGGAUAUCUACGAGCAGUUCACACGCGAUCCCUCGCGAACUCCCUUCCAGUGGACAAGUGGCACCAACGCAGGGUUCUCCACUGCAUCGAAGACAUGGCUGCCACUGGCGGCGGACUACCAAACGGUGAAUGUGGAAUCGGAGGCGGCUGCUCAGCGUUCCCAUCUAAAGAUCUACAAGUCACUGGUGGAGCUGAGGAAGUCCUCCCUUCCGCUGCAGAAUGGAUCAACCAAAUAUGGGGUCAUCAGCGAGAAUGUGUUCGUGGUGAGGCGCUACCUCUCCGGCUCCUCAUCCGUAAUUUAUGUGGCCAACUUUGCCAGCAAGGGUGUCACAGUGAAUUUAUUCGAUUUCGACAAGACGCUGCCCACCCACCUGACGCUCCUCAUACGCUGCCUGCAGUCGGCCAAGGCGGAGGGCUCACUGUUCGAGGUCACCGGGCUGAGUCUGGCCGCCGGCGAGUCCUUGGUAUUGAGCGGCAGCAGUGCUUCCCGGUUCGAUUAAAUGCCAUUUCCUAUCUGGCGCACUUCAAACAUACUGACUCAGGCCACUCAAUCGGUAUUUAUCUUCGGCUCAAAGCAAAUAUGCCGUGGCUUGCAUAAAUAAAUAUAUAAGUGAAAAACCAGA